AAUGCCGAGGGAUGCUCGAUGAAUAUUCUUUUCUCUCCAUUUUUUCUUUUCUUUCUUUUUCUGCUCUCGAAACAAAGAAAUUUGUCCCUCUAGUAGUAAAUAGCUGAUCGAUUUGCUUUACGCUUCAACUAUCUUUCUUCUCGCUUUCAUAUUUGCCUUCCUUCGAAAACACUACAUAGUCGUCGUAAUCGUAUAGAAGCUAUAGACGACGGUGUGCGGUGGCUGAAAUGGUGGUUGCGACCUCGUAUAUACUUCGUCUAACUACUUCGACUCUAAUCCCACUAUAGUUCGGGAAGCCGCUAGAAGAGAAGUCGUUAGCGCCUUUCUUCUCUACCGAGAGAGAGAGAGAGAGAAUUCGCGGUUCCAAGUCCCCAACAUGUUCGGCCGUGUGGUCGGGAGUACGGGUGCGCGCGCGCGCGCGCGCGCAACGCCUCGUCGACCUUCCCAGCCGUUCCGAAACACGCCCCCGACAGACAGAAAGAGAGAGAAUUGAAGGCAGCCGCGUGAGAAUUAGAGGAUACGAGCCGAUUCCCCUUCGUCUAAACUCGCUUGAAAAAUUCCAACCCCUUUCGCUUUUGAAACGUUCGACGUCGAGAAACCAUCGAAAAGUUUUUCUCUCUCUCAUAUUUCCUUUUUCUCCUUUUCUUUUUCGAGAGUAAGCAUAAAUAAGAUGUUUUUCGUAACUUUCCAUAGAACCGAACACUUUCUCUUUCGUAAAGUAAUAUUGAAAAAAUAAUGGAGAAAUUAAGGAUGGGGGACCCUUUUUGUCGAAAUUAUUUACAGCGGGUCUUUGCCGUACCGUUAAGGUUUUACGGUACUACCUGUAAAGAUAAUAAGACACUUUCGCAGGCUCGUCCUUUCGAUAAUAUUUUACGCGGUAGGAGAUUUUAGCCCGGCCUCUCCGCCCCAUCCCUCCGGCCUUUACUAUUCUCGAGUCUGUAAGGAUAGUUUUGUUUUUCCAUCUUCUUACAUUCUUUUAUUUCCCAAGAUCAUUUCUUAAUGUUACUUUCGUGCUUGUCUAGAAGAAACGAUAUUACGGACGUACCAAGCGUGUUACCUAGUAGAGAUAAUUUGUUUCCUCUUUCCUCUACUUGACGAGUUCGCGAGAAAAGCCGAUUUAAAGAAACAGCCGCCGUCACGAGAUGAAACGUAAUCUCGCAAAAGUGCCGUUUCGAGCUUUCGAACUGAUGGAAAGCGCGCUUCUUUCCGAGGCAUGGAUAAAAAGUGUGACAGCUCGUUAAUCGUACCCUCCGAAGUCGGCCGUUCGAGAAGGGCAACGAUGACAUAGUUCCUGUCCUUUUUUGCUUUUCCGAUCACGACGACAACUACGACGCGAACAGUAGGAGGCCCCUGUAUAACGACCAUCGCGAGGGAAGGAUUAUUGUUCCAGGAAUAGUGGCCGACCACUGAGGACUUCAAAGAUGGAGGGUAGCGGUACUGUUAGCAGGUUGGACUGCUACGAGGAUAUGUUCAAGGAAAUUACUCGGAAGCUUUACGGAGAGGAUCCGGAUCACAGAACUUCGAGCGUGCAAAACGAAUUCGAGACCUCCGUAUCGUACAAGAACGACGAGGACACCGGAAAUGGUACGGACGGAAGCGACGAAGGUAAUUGGACUUGCGAGGAAGAACCUCUUAAAGGCACCGAUGGCAGCCGAAUAGCCGCUUAUCACGCCGGCAAGGCAACAUGGAGAUGCUACGAGUGCGGCGACGUUAUGGGAGGUGGACCACGAGAGGUCGCUGAACAUUUUAUGGAGCUACACUCGUCGAGGAUUCUUGCCGACGACAGCAGAAACAGACACCAUUCGCCUCGUAAGGAUUAUAUGCAGACGGAGCUCAAGGCCGAAGAAGUCGUAUCCUAUUUGGAAAGAUUGAGGGAACGCGCGGAAACGGCUGCGCCACCUUCCCGGAGGACUCAGGAAACGCAGACCGUACCUGCCGCUUUAUUACCGAUGACCUCGACCUUUCUUUUGCAAGAAUUACCGUCCGCCCCAGCGCCGCAACACCUACAUCAGAACUCAGCAACGAUGCCGACUUCGGCUACGACAUCGGCCAGCAGCAAAAGAUAUACUUGUCCGUAUUGCCCCUACGGUACCGAUAGACGGGACCUAUACACGCGUCACGAAAAUAUUCAUCGUGAGGAAAAACCCUUCCAUUGUUACAUUUGCUACAAACCGUUCAAUCGUGCCGAUCACGUGAAGAAACACUUUCUCCGUAUGCACCGUGAGCACGGCUACGAAUUGUCCAGAAUAAGAAGACCGGCCGGAACGACCGCUCCCAAGCCAUUGCAACAGGACUCGAAUGCAACGCCUACCGGUAAUAAUGCUAAUCAACAGCAGCAGCAGCAGCAGCAACAACAGCAACAACAGCAGCAGCAGCAGCAGCAGCAGCAGCAACAACAGCAACAACAACAACAACAGCAGCAACACGCUACGUAUUCGUCCAAUUACAAUGGCAACAAAAGUUAUCAAUUGCAGCCUAAUCCUGGAUCUGGUACGACCGCGGGUACGACAGGCAUAUAUCAAGCAACGACUAUGCCGGCGCCAGGUAUUAUGCAACCGGAUGGAAACAACUGUGGGACGGGUAGAAGAGUACAAAAUGGCGGCUGCAACAGCAAAAGUCAUUUGAAGGGAGGUUCGAAAGGAGCCCAAGAAAGAAGGUAUACCUGUAGCUAUUGUUCGUGGAGCGGAGUCGAUAAUUGGUGCCUAAAGCGUCAUCUGAAUACGCACUUGAAGCCGUUCGCUUGCAUGCUUUGCGAGUACAAAGCGGCACGUGCCGAGCGUCUCUCGACGCACGUGCUCAAGGUACACAACAGAAGACAGUGCUCGAGAUGUUCCUUCCUCGGUGAAGACGCCGCGCAGUUGCAGAUGCAUCAAUUGCACGUGCAUCGCGUUAGCAGCGCCAACGCACCGGCUACGAGCUCGACGGCACAAGCCGCGCCACCGCCUACCAAUCGUCAGCAACAGCCCAUUCAUCCCGCUGCUGGAGGACGACCGCCACCUGGUCCACCGGUUUUCCCCGCACCGGCGCCGGCGAUCACACCUGCCACCACCGUAAUACCACCGACCACUAUACUCGGCAUCAACUAUCACCGAAGUUUUCCCGACAACGAGAAGAGCUAUUCCACGUUUUCCAUCAACUUGGAACGCCUUCGCGAGGUGCGGUAUAGCGAGGAGAAGAAACCGAGCGAGAGGCGAUCCAGGAAGCAGAGACAACCGAGGAAGGCUGUCGGUUGCGAGGUUGAAGACGAAGAGCAACCGAUAAUAUUUUCGAGCGAUCCACCGAAGGAGAAGGGAAGUUGCUUAGAAGAUUCUAGCGAAGUCCCGUCCGAAGAUCCUGGCGAAGCCCCGGCCGAAGAUCCUGGCAAAGGCCCGGCCGAAGAUCCUGGCAAAGGCCCGGCCGAAGAUCCUGGCGAAGGCCCGGCCGAAGAUCCUGACGGAGGGCCGGCCGAAGAUCCUGACGGAGGCCCGGCCGAAGAUCCUGGCGAAGGCUCGGCCGAAAGGUUACUCGCACCUAGACUUCUAAAGUGCCGCAUGUGUCCCGACGAUGCGCUCGCGUCCACAUCGUCGACUUACAAGCCUUAUCAUACCAAGGCUUCCUUGACACUUCACAGACUCUGGAGACACGAUAAAAGUGAGAAAAGUGAGAGAAGUGAGAAAAGUGAUAAAAAGAGGAGGAAAUGCUCGAAAAAGGACAGCGACUCGGAGGUUUCGCAUUACGCGUCUCUCUCAUCGAUCACGCUCAAGGCCACGCUCUUUACCAAUACGAGCUACGACUACCACAGAUAACGCUUGGCGUAUCUUUCGAAUUUUGAAACGACUUGCGAAAUCGAUUCCUUUUCUUCUAAUUCAUAAGAUUAUUCGAAUAGUAUUAAUAAGCGGGCAAAUCUCAACGAGGUAACGUACCGCAUUUAUCUGUUUAGCCUGUUUACCGGGGAGGAAAUGUUCGAUCGGUGAGCCCGUGUUUCUAAUGAAUGAAAUUUAUUUCUACUUGAUUACAUUUGAUUGAAUAAAAAUAAAAUUAGGUUAGGAAACUUUGGAUGGUCGAUUGAAAAAGAAUAGGAGGAGGACUUUUUUUUUCUUUAGAUAAGAAUGUAAACCUUUAUAACUCGAGUCCAGCCCCGCGAUUAACAGGUUCAGUGUUAAACGAUAAAAAAAGGCGCUUGUAAAUACGUAUAUCUAUACUUGAUUGGGUGAUCGCGAUAUAAAAUGUUUGAAAGGCGACAACGAGAGGAUAGCUACUUAAGGCGAAGUUAAGUUGACGAAGGUUAAUUGAAAAUUAAUCCAAUUUGAAAAGUGGUGUAGGGUUAUUUACGAUAUGAUCUCUAUUGCGAAGGCAGGAAAGAAAACGAGAAAAAGAGAAAAAAAGAGAAAAAGAAAAAAAGAAAAAAAAGGAAAAGAAGAAAAAAAUUGAAAGGCAAAGAAAUAAAAAAGAGAAAGCUUGGGAAAAAGCUCAAAUACGAAAGCGUGGGAUUUAAUGUUUUAUAUUCGUGCCCAUUCGAUGUUCUCGUGCAUUUGUCUUCGUCCAUCUGUAAUCGUGUAAUCUCCUUUCCUUUUUACCCAACGGCGAGCCCUUUCUCCUUUCGAUAUACGAGGAGAAUAAUCUCGCGAGAACCCACUCGUAAUAGAUCGAAAUUUCAGCCGUCGUGCCGUUUCCAUAUCGCGCUCGCUGCUGAAAAUGACUUUUAUACAUAUAAACCAUUUGUACAAAACCAUUAUCUUGUUUACGUUAUUACAUUAAAUACAUUACGUCUAUAUUAUACUUUA